CUCUCCAUUUCCUCUACCUUAUUGCGAUUUAUUUCUUUUCCCACCGCGUGGACUUACCCCAACAGAACUAGAACGGUUUCAUAAAACUUCAUCGAUUCCUUCUUCAAUCCAUACUUAUUUUUGGUCUUUUUCUUCGCAAUACACUGAUUGUAUCUGAGACGUCUCUUUCCAGGACGAAUUAAUCAAUAAUUCGGGCUCUGGGGUUGUUCUAUUUUCUAGUUUACUUCCAAUUUUCGACGACUUGUUCAUCGUUUGUGGGAUUCUGUGAUUCUUCCCUCUUCUUGUGGGGUUUCCUUAGAAAUUUAGGUGGAUGAUUGUUGAAAGGGGAAAGAAGGUGAAGUGGGAAGAAUAAAUUGUAUGGAUAACUUAUGCUGCUUCAAUUCUGUGUAUUCUCAGUUUGUAGGAGGACGUUCGUCAUGUAGCUCCGGAAAGGGCCGGGGCAAUCAAUGCCCUGCGAAAUAUGGUUUUAGUUUGGUAAAAGGCAAGGCAAAUCAUCCCAUGGAAGAUUAUCAUGUUGCUAAAUUUAUCACAGUGCAUGGCCAGGAGCUUGGCCUCUUUGCUAUAUAUGAUGGGCACCUAGGAGAUAGCGUACCAGCCUAUCUACAGAAGCAUCUAUUUCCCAAUAUUCUCAAGGAUGAGGAAUUCUGGUCAAAUCCGCGUAGCUCUAUCUUUAAGGCGUAUGAGACGACAGACCAAGCAAUACUCUCACACAGUCCUGACUUGGGAAGAGGUGGAUCCACUGCUGUCACUGCAAUUUUAAUAAACGGUCAAAAAUUAUGGGUGGCUAAUGUCGGAGAUUCACGAGCAGUCCUUUCAAAAAGAGGGCAGGAAGUACAAAUGUCUGUCGAUCACGAACCGAACGCUGAGCGUGGAAGUAUCGAGGACAGAGGUGGCUUUGUCUCUAACAUGCCAGGAGAUGUUGCUAGAGUGAACGGGCAACUUGCAGUUUCUCGAGCGUUUGGCGACAAAAACCUCAAAACACACUUGCGAUCUGAUCCCGACAUAAAGAACGCCGAUAUCAACUCUGACACCGAGCUUCUAAUCUUAGCAAGCGAUGGUCUAUGGAAGGUCAUGUCGAAUCAAGAAGCCGUGGACAUAGCGAGAAGAACCAAAGAUCCCCAGAGGGCAGCAAAGCAACUAGCAGCAGAAGCACUGAAACGGGAAAGCAAAGACGACAUCUCGAUCAUCGUCGUUCGUUUCAAAGGGUAAAACUCGUGUCGAGCUAAAGUUUAUUAUCAUUACUUGUGUGUUGGGGGUGUUCUAUAAUCCAUGGCAUUCAACUCUACAAUCUUUAAGCCAUCCACAGUAAAGAAAAACCUGCAUAAAUUUCAAUAUCUCCUUAUUCUCCCCCUCAACAAGGAAAAAAAGAAUGCAUCUCUGUUGUAUAAUAUGAUGUUCUUGCUCUGAAUUGGGGAUAGUUUGGUCUUUUCACAUGAUUUCUUUUUGAUGAUCUGUAGAUCCAUGUAUACCUUCUUCAUUUUUCUGUAACUUUUUGUGAACUUAUGAAACAGUUUGGAACUCUAGGCUUGGCCUUUGGGUCUCCAUGGAACACCUGCUUGACAUGUAUGCAACUAUUGUAAUAGAUUGAUAAGCUUUUUGGUUGACA